AUGCGUUCCGUCGCUCGUCAAUAUGUUUACUGGCCAAACAUCGACGACGAGGUAGCGAAGCUUGUCGCUUCGUGCAACGAGUGUGCCAGCGUAGCCAAGACAGACCGGAAGACUACCAUGGAAUCCUGGCCCGCACCGGAGAAACCGUGGCAACGGUUACAUCUGGAUUACGCCGGUCCGCUGGAUAGGAACUAUUUUCUCAUUCUGGUGGAUUCGUUCACCAAAUGGCCAGAAGUCGUACGAACCAAGGAGAUCACCACCACAGCAACCUUGCGAAUCCUUCGUGGCAUCUUCGCAAGAUACGGUCAGCCGGAAACAUUGGUCACAGAUAAUGGGACACAACUCACCAGCGACCGGUUCGAAUCAUACUGCGACACGAACGGUAUCGUUCACCUGAAGACAGCGCCAUUCCAUCCACAGUCAAAUGGACUAGCAGAGAGGUUUGUCGACACGUUUAAACGGUCGCUCAAGAAAAUCACCGCAGGGGGGGAAACCCUCGACGAAGCCAUCGAUACCUUCCUUCUGUGCUACAGAACAACACCCUGCUAA